AAAGAACUCAUUGUUAUUAACUACCAAUUCGAAUUCAACACAUAUAGGAAUCAAGAAACUCUGUAAAAUUGUUGCAGAUAAAAAAGUUACACUAAAUCCAAUGAUAACUCUACAGUUCCUCUCUCCAUUUUCUUCAAUACCUUCAAAAUCCCCACAAUUUUCACCUUUCAAUUCCAACCCUUUAUCUAAAACCCUUCAAUUCAAUGACACCCAUUUCAAAUCUUUCAUAAAAACCUCAAAGAUUCUAACUUUCAAGUGUUUUAGAUGUAGCAAAUCUCAAAAUCAGAGGUUCAAGUGUAAAGGGGUUAAAGAUGAGACAAAAACGGUUUUGGACCGUGACGGCGGAGGCAGUGACGGCGGCGGAGAUGGUGGUGGUGGUGGUGGAGAUGAUGAGCAAUCUGAGAAGGAAAAUGGGGUUUUGCCAGAAUGGGUGAAUAUUACUUCAGAUGAUGCAAAAACUGUUUUUGUGGCAGUGGCUAUAUCACUUGCAUUUAGGUCAUUUGUGGCUGAACCAAGGUUUAUACCUUCAUUGUCCAUGUAUCCUACAUUUGAUGUUGGAGAUAGAAUUGUAGCUGAAAAGGUCAGUUACUAUUUUAGAAAGCCAUGUCCCAAUGACAUAGUAAUAUUCAAAAGUCCACCAGUUCUUCAGGAGGUAGGAUACACGGAUGACGAUGUCUUUAUCAAGAGGAUUGUUGCAAAGGAAGGUGAUAUUGUCGAGGUUCAUGAAGGAAAGCUGAUCGUAAAUGGAGUUGCGCGAAAUGAAGAUUUUAUAAACGAGGCACCCAAAUACGAAAUGACACCAGUGCGUGUACCUGAGAAUUCAGUUUUCGUUAUGGGUGAUAAUCGGAAUAACAGCUAUGAUUCCCAUGUGUGGGGAGCACUUCCUGCGAAGAACAUAAUAGGCAGGUCCAUAUUUCGGUAUUGGCCUCCAAAAAGAAUUGGCGGAACAGUUCUUCCUGAAGGUUGUGCUGUCGACAAGCAGGAGAGUACAAGUGAUAUAACAGUGCCUCAAUAACUUAUUUAGCCUGAAAACUUAAAGUCACAAUUCCUUCUUUUCUGUUUGGAAUUGAUAUGAAAAUGUAAAAGUGAUUAUCUAUUCAUUGUUUGGCAUAGUAGUGUAAUAUGUCUAUUUUGAGGUAGGAUGUAAUGUAUAUUAGCAGGCAUUUGACUUACUUGAGCUGAGGAUGUAAGGUUUUGUACACAUCCUCUUCAAAUUCCAGUUGUAAAAUUUCACUGGAUAUGUUGUCAUUGGUUGUAUUCAAGCCUUGGUAUACUUUCA